GCAAUCUCCAGUGGGAUAUUUAGGGUAAUCUAUCCUGACGCCAAAUUAGCAUGUGUUCCGUUUUUCUGCCUAAACCUGGCAAGGGCAUUAUUCUUGGAUAUUAUUUUUCCCGUCCUUAGAUUCCCCUGCAUCAAGACGAAGUUGGUACUUGCAGUCAUUAUCUUUCGCCGGUACUGGUGCAAUGCGCUUGCCGGGGGUUUGUUUCUGGAACAACCUGUUGUAAAGCCCUCUCUGGAAAAAUGCUUUCUCGAGUUACUUCAAGAC